AUGAACGAAUACACUUUUUUGGGAAAACAUUAUCAAGAUGAUCCCUUGAUUCGAUCCCAGGUGAUUCAUGACUAUACUACACGGAUGUCUGUUACGUGCUUCAAUGCAUGUGUAAAGAAUUUUUCCACUCCCGACCUGAGUAUUGAUGAGGCUUCGUGCAUUGAUCGCUGCUCUAUCAAAUUCUUUGAUGUCUAUAAUUCUAUUAACAAUAUGAUAGAGGAAACAUUGAAGCGGACCGCCGCGGCGCAGAAUCCAACUCCACCUAGUAAUACCCCUCAGUAG